CAAUUUAAAUCUACCGCCACGAUAUGUCAAGCGGUGGCGCUACUUGAUUAUCAUCAAUUUUCCGAAUUUUGCCAAAAACUGCGGGGAAACUAAAUAAAAUGAGUUGAUAAAACCCGUCUGCACUUGAAAAUGGGUGAAGUUAUGAAACACCUGCGUGAGAAAUCACGGAAACGCAAGCAACUUCUGGCUCAAACUCUUGGUGUUUCCAACCCCGAGGAGCUCCGCCAGGUCCUAGGAACCACAACCGAGGUCUCUAAGAGACGUCCCGAUUCCACCAACAACGAAAACGAAAAAUACGACUACAAGAAAGACACUCCAAAUGAAUUGGUCUAUCGUGACUCUUCAACUUUUCUCAAAGGGACUCAAUCGUCGAACCCCCAUAAUGACUACUGCCAACAUUUUGUCGACACUGGUCAAAGACCCCAGAAUUUCAUCCGCGAUGUCGGUCUAGCGGACCGGUUUGAGGAGUACCCCAAAUUACGUGAAUUAAUCAAAUUAAAAGACGAACUUAUUGCACAAACUGCAAAUCCCCCUAUGUAUCUCAAAUGUGAUUUAACGACUUAUGAUUUGAAAAACCUAAAUUGUAAGUUUGAUGUGAUUUUAAUUGAACCACCUUUGGAAGAAUACCAGAGAACCAUGGGGGCCACAAAUAUGCAGUUCUGGCCAUGGGACCAAAUCAUGAAUUUGGAUGUGGGGGAAGUGGCAGCGCAACGAAGUUUCGUAUUUUUGUGGUGUGGAAGUUCAGAUGGACUUGACAUGGGGCGCGUGUGUCUCAGAAAAUGGGGCUUUCGCCGAUGCGAGGAUAUUUGUUGGAUUCGCACAAACAUAAAAAAUCCAGGUCAUUCGAAAAACCUUGACCCUAAAGCAGUGUUCCAAAGGACAAAGGAACACUGUCUUAUGGGUAUUAAAGGAACGGUUCGGCGGUCAACCGACGGGGAUUUUAUUCACGCCAACGUCGACAUUGAUUUGAUCAUUUCGGAAGAGAACGAAUAUGGAAGUUUGGAAAAACCGGUUGAAAUUUUCCAUAUAAUCGAACACUUCUGUUUGGGGCGUCGGCGCCUCCACAUUUUCGGUAGAGACAGUACCAUACGUCCAGGUUGGUUAACGAUCGGUCCCGAGUUAACAAAUUCGAAUUUCAAUGCCGAUUUAUACGCGAGUUAUUUUACUAAUAAUAAUAUAACGACGGGAUGUACGGAACGAAUUGAAGCUUUGAGGCCGAAAAGUCCGCCUCCAAAGGGCAAAGGAAAUUCCGGAGGACGAGGUCGGGGCAACUUUCAGCGAGGACGUGGCAGGGGACGUUGAAAAAACACUUUUUAAAGCUUUUAUUUUUAAUUUAUGACACUACCAUAGUCUCCAGCAGUGCGCUCAGAUCUGAUUUGAAAAAAUUAUGACACUACCAAAUCAUCUCCAGCAGUGUUCUCAGAUCUAAUAACUUAAAAUAUAAUAUUAAUCUUGGAUCACAAUCACAAUAAGCAAUAUCAAUAUAAAAACUAUAAUAACCAUACAAUUAUGUAUUUAUAUAUAAAAAUAGUGGUUUACUUUAUUUUCGUUCAAUAAUAAUGACGCAGUCACAUAA